AUGGCCACUUCACUUGUGAAGCUCAUCUCCAUCUUCAUCAUUCUCUUCUCUACCUUCACCCCCCAAGCCUUUUCAGUGUCGGACGAAUGUGGGACAGAAUCCAUUAACUCUUGCAACGACAAGGCAAGAGCAUUGCCUCUCAAGAUCAUUGCCAUUGUCUCCAUCCUUGUCACCAGCAUGAUUGGCGUGUGUUUGCCCCUCGUUACACGUUCAAUCCCAGCCCUACAGCCCGACAGAAACCUCUUUCUCAUCGUCAAGUCCUUUGCCGCCGGCAUCAUACUUGCCACCGGCUUCAUGCACGUUUUGCCGGAUUCUUUUGACAUGUUGUCGUCUAGUUGCUUGAAAGACAAUCCAUGGCACAAGUUUCCGUUUUCAGGCUUCCUGGCUAUGUUGUCUGCAAUAGUGACUCUGAUGGUGGAUUCCUUGGCCACUUCUGUUUAUAGCCGGAAGUGUAAAGCCGGAGUUAUCGGGGAUUGUGAUACUGCUGCCGCAACCGAAGACCAUGAGAUGGCUGUGGUUAGCGCCGGCCAUUCCCAUGCUCACCUGCAUCAUGGAAUGAAGCCAGGAACAUCUGCAGACUCGCAACUUCUACGUUAUCGUGUCGUCGCGAUGGUAUUAGAAUUGGGAAUAAUAGUUCAUUCAGUUGUGAUAGGGCUUUCACUCGGUGCCUCAAACAACACAUGCACAAUAAAAGGUCUGGUGGCAGCCCUUUGCUUCCAUCAAAUGUUUGAAGGGAUGGGUCUUGGCGGUUGCAUUGUGCAGGCAAAUUACAACUUCUUGAAGAAGGCAAUCAUGGUGUUCUUCUUCUCUGUGACAACCCCAUUUGGAAUUGCCUUGGGGCUUGCCUUGUCAAAAACGUACAAAGAAAAUAGCCCUAGCUCCUUGAUCACUGUGGGCCUCCUUAAUGCAUCAUCAGCUGGCCUUUUGAUCUACAUGGCUCUUGUUGAUCUUCUUGCCGCCGAUUUCAUGGGUCCAAAGAUGCAGGCUAGCAUCAUGCUUCAGCUUAAAUCCUACGUGGCCGUUCUUUUGGGUGCUGGUGGCAUGUCUUUGAUGGCCAAAUGGGCUUGA